GUUCGCCAUCUACCCGGGUGAUUCCUCUCGCUACAUCAAGCAUGUCGAUAACACUCUCGGAACAGACGGAAGGCGGCUUACAGCUGUGCUCUACCUCAACAAAGACUGGAAACCAGAGCACGGUGGAUGCCUUCGAGUGUUUGAGCCGACGAUGCAGAGCUGCCAGGUGAAGUGCGACGUGGAGCCUGUCUGGAACCGCCUGGUUGUAUUUUGGUCCACACAGGAGGUGCCCCAUGAGGUCCUCUCCAGCUUCAAGGACCGGCUGGCGGUCAGUGUCUGGUUCAUCUGCGGUCGCGAGAGCCUCCGGAAUGAGGAGUCCUUCCAGCGUCUCUUCAACCCGCAGAAACUCAGGUGUAUCGGCCAGCGCAGCCGACGCGCAUGUUUGUUGCGAGCUGCAGAGACCGAGGGCGAAAGGGCUGCUCUGCAGGAGCUUCCGCUGGAGGCGACGUUCUCCCCUGCGAAGCUGUCGAUCCUCAGUCGUCGCUUCCGAUGGCGACGGGAGGAGGACGUGGAGCGGGAGCGGGACACGAUUCAAGACGUUGCAAUCCGCAAUGCUGUGGCAAAGGCGCUGACAGGCCAGCAUCCUGCAGCAGCCUUCGCAGCAACGGCAGAGGCAGCACCUCCCAAGCUGCGUGCGGAGCCUGUGCGAAGUGGUGUGCCGUUGCACUUCGAGCUGGUCGAAGACAGCGGCUCGCAGCCCUCCAAGUCCUUUACGCACUUGCCUGCCCGCAGGAUCCCAGUCACCUUCGGCAUCGUGGACUAA